AUGUUCAUUUGCCUCGAAUGCAUAGGGGAUCCUAUGCUCAAGGGAUUCAAAUCGCUGCCUAAGUCCGAGGUCACCUGUACCGCGUGCAACAGCUCGACUCGGCGAGCUGUUCAUCCCGCACGAAUUGCGCGUUUCAUACGCAAGCACCUACCGACACACUUUUCUGUCGACGAUGGGCUCUAUGAUGGUUAUGAGAUGUCGCUGGCAGAGGUGGUGAGUAGGGCCAUUCGAUGCAACAACUCAGUCGUCUGCGAAGCCAUCGCGCAAAAAAUGGUCAGCUCCCGCGUACGUGAAGACGACUUCUACUGGCAAGGCCAAGUGUAUUGCGUGAAGCGCAGCCCCUUUGACGACGAAGAACAUGAACGCUGGUGGAUCGUUGGUGACUGGCAAGACAUUGCUUAUGAACUGAGCCAUGAGCGUCGGUUCUUCAGCGACAAGGCACGCAAAUUCUUUGAAUCCCUCCUUCAUGAGGCAUUGAGUGCAGAAAGACCGUGCAGCCCUGGAACGCCAGCGGUCAUCAAAACGCUACUUUCAGGUACAAAGCUAUAUCGUGCUCGCGUCGCAGCCAAUCCAACUGAGGUUCAGCAUUUCAAAAGCAACCCUUUGGCCGAGUUGGGUGCACCACCUCUGGAUCGCGCAAAAAUAAUCGGA